AUGGGUUAUGCAAUAGAGAGAUUUGUUGAUCCUGUUAAUCCUGAAUUAUUCUGCUCAAUGUGCAGAGAAGUUCUAAAAGAUCCCUUAGAGUGCUCAUCAUGCCAAUCGAGUUUCUGUGCCUCUUGUACAGAAGAAUGAAAGAAGAAAAAUUCAGUCUGCCCUAAUUCAUGCAACCUUAAUUUUCAAAGAGCACAUAAGUUUUUGAGACAAGUUUUAGGACUGCUUAAACUCAAAUGUAAAAAUUCAGAAGCUGGAUGCCAAAUAGUAACAACUUUAGAUUUAAUUAGCAAGCAUGAGGCUCUGGAAUGUCCUUAUACUCUUGUUCAAUGUAAAUAUCCAGGAUGCAAUGCUCAGUUUUUCAGAAGUGAAGCAGAAAAUCAUGAUAAGACUUGUGAACAAAAAAUUAUCACUUGUAAUGAAUGUGGAGAAGAGUUUUCUUAUAAAAUCGCAGAACAGCAUUCUUGUAUCCAUGUGAUGGUGCAAGUGGUUCAAGAUAUCAAGCUCCUUUCAACUCAGAGUACUAACCUCCUCUUAGUUAACAAUUAUAAUGUUGUAAAAAAAUUAUAGAAACAUUUAAACAAAUAUUUUAAAAGAAAAAAUAAAUUUAAUUUAUAAACAUAUAUUUUAUGAUAAGAUAUCUAUAUUUUAAUUUAUUAGCUAAAGUAAUAAUUAAUUAUAUCAAAAAUGUUUUAUUUAAUAAUCAUAUUAAAAAAGGUUUUCUCUCUUGAUAAAGGAGAGGAAUAAGAUGAUCAAAGAACUGCAAAAAUCUGAUCUAUAAUAAUAAAAUUACGUAUUACCAGUGGUUGUCUCAGACAGCCCUUCCUCCUCGCGACAUUAUUAUUAGGGUUCAAUUUUCUACGUGGACCUUUAUCGACAGUGCCAAUAUGGAAUUACCGCAUAGAGUCGCUCACACUGGCUCAAGGAAGAAAGGAGACAAAUGUUUUUUGCCGCUUGGCACACCCAAGAAGGAUGACCUUUAGGAGAGGCCAAUGCGGCCGGUAAAGAGCUUUCUUGUCCUUUGGUCGUCUUCUGGAAUGCUUUACUAGGCAAAAUAGCUGUUGACUCACCAUGGUAGGGCUCUCAUCCUGUUGAAGAAGGGGUACGUAUAAAAUCUAACUAAAUCAGUAAUUAGCAAGAAUCUGACCUAAUCACUAAAAAAAAUUGAAAAUUGCGACAUGAAAAUGUUCGAUGCAAUGCCUGCCAAAAAGAUCCAAUAGAAGGAACAAGAAAUACUUGCCUUGAAUGCCCAGAUUUUAAUUUAUGCAGCACUUGCAAGGCAGAAUCCAAGCAUGACCAUCGUUUUAUUCAACUAUCAGAGAACGGAAAGCAUGAAUACGUAACAUGCGAUGGAUGUUUUGCAAGCCCAAUUCCUGGGAUCAGAUGAAAAUGCAAAGUUUGUGACAACUUUGGUAAGCAUUAUUUAGAUUUUUGCCAUAGGUGCAAAUUUGGAGCUCCACACCCAAAUCAUGAGUUUUUAGCUCUGGCACCUUAUUUUGUUGAUGCUAUUCCGCUACCUCCAGAUAAGCUCGGAUAUAGGCCAGGUGAGAUAUUUUCACGAAAAUGGACAGUUUUUAACAAUGGAGUGGAAACUAUUAAAAACAUGACAUUUAUCUGCAUACAUGGAGAAACCUGCAGUAAACCACUAAUUAGCUGAAAACCGUGAACUUAGCUUUGGGAACGUCGAAAUCCCUGCAAAGCAGUCAAGAGUUUUAAAAGUGGAUCAAAAAAUCACACUCGAAAUCCCUGGAAUCUAUACAAGUUUAUGAAGACUGGCGACUUCUGAUAGAUUAUCAACUUUUGGGCCCGAUUUCAUAAUUCAGCUAUCAAUCGUCAAUUAA